CUGGGAGCCGAGGCAGUUUCAAGGGUGUCUAAGUGACCAGGUGAAAACUUGAUUUGAACUAGGACUUCAAGUGGAGAUGCUGUCACCACUUCUUGAACCAUCCCCCUUUGUGACAAAGCAAACAAUUCCUGUAUCCAGAUGCUGCACAAAUAGUGAGGAACAAUGGACUGGCUCCCAACAAAGAGUCAACAGAUGCUGGGGGAAGGUGUCCCACCUGAAAUGGAGAUGAUCUGGAAAGCUGAAGCACUCUGAAUGAACCAACAUGGGUUUGCGACUGUUGGGUUGUCUCUUUAAUUUACCCACUGCUGUGAUCUAUGGGUCCCUGUCGCUCUUUGUUUCCAUUUUGCACAAUGUAUUCCUCCUAUACUACGUGGACACCUUUGUUUCUGUUUACAAGAUUGAUAAACUGUCCUUUUGGAUUGGGGAGACCGUGUUUCUAAUCUGGAACAGCCUCAAUGACCCUCUCUUCGGCUGGUUGAGUGACCGGAUAUUUCUUAGCACACAACAGUCAGGGGUGGAGAUCUCCUCACCAGAAGUCAUUCUUAAGAGACUUAAGGCACUGAGCCGCAAUGGGCCCCUUUUUGCCAUCUCUUUCCUGGCUUUCUGGGUUUCAUGGGCCCAUCCAGGUCUACAGUUCCUCCUGUGCCUCUGCCUCUAUGACAGCUUUCUUACCGUGGUGGAUCUCAACCACAAUGCCUUGCUCGCAGACCUUGCUGUUUCUGCAAAGGACAGGACUAGCCUCAAUUUCUACUGCUCGCUUUUUAGUGCCAUCGGUUCCCUCUCUGUCUUCAUGUCCUAUGCAGUGUGGAACAAAGAAGACUUCUUUUCUUUCCGGAUAUUUUGUGUGGUGCUGGCUCUCUGCUCUGUGGCUGGAUUUACUCUGGCAACGUGGCUGCUCAGACAACGAUUUGAGACUGAAGUGAAAGUGAAAUGGGACCAAGAGUCAACUUUAAAAGAAUUGUACAUUGAGCAACCAUCUGCCCCGCUGGAGAAGAGGAUUACACUGGGAGAAUACCUCAAACAGCUGUCCCGGCACCGCAACUUCCUCUGGUUCGUCUGUAUGAACCUAGUCCAGGUUUUUCACUGCCACUUUAACAGCAACUUCUUCCCUCUCUUCUUGGAACACUUGCUGUCAGAUCGGAUCUCUCUCUCUACCGGAUCCUUCCUACUAGGUAUUUCCUACAUCGCCCCUCAUCUCAACAACCUCUAUUUUCUGUCUCUCUGUCAAAGAUGGGGGGUUUACGCGGUGGUGCGAGGGCUCUUUUUCCUGAAGCUGGCUCUCAGCAUCAUCAUGCUUCUAGCUGGAGCCGACCAGGUGCAUCUUCUCUGCAUCUUCAUAGCCAGUAACCGGGUGUUCACGGAAGGAACGUGCAAGCUGCUGAACCUGGUUGUCACUGACCUGGUGGAUGAGGAUUUUGUCUUGAACCGCAGGAAGCAGGCGGCCUCAGCACUGUUGUUUGGGAUGGUUGCUUUGGUAACCAAGCCUGGCCAGACCUUUGCCCCCCUGAUUGGCACCUGGCUGCUCUGUACUUACACUGGUUAUGACAUUUUCCAGCGGGCCCCUCUGAGCAACGUGGUGAGCGCCCAACCGAAGCUGGCGUCCCACGGAGCCUGGGAACCAACUCUGCGCCAGGGCUGCUUUUACCUCCUCGUCUUCAUCCCCAUCACAUGUGCAUUACUGCAGCUCCUCAGCUGGUCGCAGUUCACCCUGCAUGGAAGGCGCCUCCAGACGGUCAAGUCCCAGCGCCAGAGCCUGACUCAGAGUCGAUCACAAGAGAUCAAAAUGAUCUAGAUGUGCCUGAGCCCUUCGGCUCUCACUGACUCUGUGCUGGGGGUGUGGUUCCGCCGCUCUACAGUCCGGGGGAUGCAGACCGAAGCGAAGGGGCUUGCUGGCUAAGAACUGAAAGUGUUUACAAUUCAACUGUGAAAUGCUCACCAUGCAGACGUUUCCUCGCUCCAGGGGGCAGUCGGUUUGGAAGGCAGGUACAUCCGAGACAGGGGUGACUGGUGUGUGCUCAGAGUGGGGGCGUUUGCUCAGGCAAUCAGAUGGAGUCUUAGCGCUUGCACUUUUUGCACCAGGGCCCACUGAGGUGCUGCUGAUCUCAAGGGAGGGUGGGUGACAGUGGCCUAGAGCAGUGGUCUCCAAACUUUUUUGAUCGCACAGCCCUAUCAGUAAAAAAUUUUUGAGUAUGCACUCCCUGCUGUGCCGAAGCGCCAAAAAAAA